GCGCGGGCGGCGCGCGGGGAGCGUCGGGAGCGGGGCGGCCACUCGCGCCUCUGUUUUCCUCUCCCCGCCUCCCAGCCGCGACGCUCUGAGGCUCCGCCGCCGACAUGGGCGCCGCCGCGUGGGCACCGCCACACCUGCUGCUGCGGGUGUCUUUUCUGCUUCUGCUACUGCUGCCGCUUCGGGGGCGGUCGGUGGGCUCCUGGGACCCGGCCGGUUACCUGCUCUACUGUCCCUGCAUGGGGCGCUUUGGGAACCAGGCCGAUCACUUUUUGGGCUCUCUGGCAUUUGCAAAGCUGCUGAACCGCACCUUGGCUGUACCUCCAUGGAUUGAGUACCAGCAUCACAAGCCUCCUUUCACUAAUCUUCAUGUGUCCUACCAGAAGUAUUUCAAGCUGGAGCCCCUGCAAGCCUACCAUCGUGUUGUUAGCCUGGAGGAGUUCAUGGAAAAGCUGGCACCCGUCCACUGGCCCCCUGAGAAGCGAGUAGCAUACUGUUUUGAGGUGGCAGCCCAGCGAAGUCCUGAUAAGAAGACAUGUCCCAUGAAGGAAGGAAAUCCCUUUGGGCCAUUCUGGGACCAGUUUCAUGUGAGUUUCAAUAAGUCGGAGCUGUUCACAGGCAUUUCCUUCAGUGCCUCCUACAAAGAACAAUGGAUCCAGAGAUUUUCUCCAGAGAAACAUCCGGUGCUUGCACUGCCGGGGGCCCCAGCCCAGUUCCCUGUCCUAGAAGAGCACAGGGCACUACAGAAGUACAUGGUGUGGUCAGAUGAGAUGGUAAAGACAGGAGAGGCCCAGAUCAGCACCCACCUCAUCCGGCCCUAUGUGGGCAUUCAUCUUCGCAUUGGCUCCGACUGGAAGAAUGCCUGUGCCAUGCUGAAGGAUGGAACUGCAGGGUCACACUUCAUGGCUUCUCCUCAGUGUGUGGGCUACAGCCGCAGCACAGCGACCCCCCUCACCAUGACCAUGUGCCUCCCUGACCUUAAGGAAAUCCAGCGGGCUGUGAAGCUAUGGGUGAGGGCACUGAAUGCCAGGUCAGUCUACAUCGCCACAGACUCUGAGAGCUAUGUGCCAGAGAUCCAGCAGCUCUUCAAAGAGAAGGUGAAAGUGGUGAGCCUGAAACCUGAGGUGGCCCAGAUCGACCUCUACAUCCUUGGCCAGGCUGACCACUUCAUUGGCAACUGUGUCUCCUCAUUCACUGCCUUCGUGAAGCGGGAGCGGGACCUCCAUGGAAGGCAGUCAUCCUUCUUUGGCAUGGACAGACCCUCUCAGCCACGGGAUGAGUUUUGAUCACGCCUGGAGCCCUGCCAGGCAUGCCAGAGAUGGAGAACAGUGCCAGGGACUUCCUGGAAGAGAAAGGCAGACAUUCCAUCCCAGGCACAGGCUUCCGUGCCCCAUGUGCUUCCAGGGAACACACACAUACAAAGCAGCUCGCCUCUGGCCUGGGGCUUGCCCUGCUCUGAGCAGCCUGCAGUGCUGAACUCUCAACCAAGCAGAGGAAGAUUCUUUUAUAGGGUUUCUCGGCUUGGGGUGUUGGGGAGGGAGGAAGCAGUGGGGUUAAGAUGAUCUCAUAUAGCCUAGGCUGGCCUUGAACUAGUCCUCCUGCCUCUACCUCCUCAAGUCCUGAGAUAAUGGGUGUGUGCCAGGACACUCAGUUGAUCUCUAUAGUUUUGAUGCAAAGCCAUGACUACCUGAACCCCACCCCGCCACCCCCCAUUUUUAAAAAUCAGUGGAAUCCCUUAGCCCAGCUACCUAAAGUGACCUUAUAAAUAUAGACAAAGCCAUGGAGCAAGUGGGCCUAUUGGCUACUUUUUAGGAACUCAUCUCCACUGCCAAGCUCGGCCAUGUCAUCCCUGGACCGCUCUGUGAUAAACACUGCUGGCUGGGGUUUGCAGUCCUGUUGUGCAGUGCUCUGCCACAGGCAAGUGCUCCCACAGCAGGUGACAGUGUUAGGGCCCCAGCACCAUCACUGGGCUGGUCCAGCUGUCUGGUCAAGCUAGGUGCUCUGAAGUCUCUUGUCUGUAAGGUCCUUCUCCCAGCCUGGGCCUGUGGUCUCAGCCCUCAUGUAGUUAUUCCCCAAGGACUGCUUGCCAAGCCUCCAUUAGUGCAUAGAAGUUGCAUGAAGCCCCAGCUUGGGAACAACCUUUGCCUUUCCAGCCAGUGCACUGCCUGCUGAUGUGUGGUGAGGUGCUUCUGAGACUACAGUUCUCGCUCCUCAGAGCCUGAGAGUCCUGAUCCGGUGAAUCUAAAUCCUGCCUUGCACAGGGACAUUGAGAUGCUGGGGCCUUGGUGGGUGGCCAUGCAGACCAUCCUGUUGGCACAGUAUUCCUGAAGGGCGCUGGGCUCUUGCCUGUGGUAAGCACUGUACUCUUUGCCUCAGUUUCUUCCCUGUCAGUGUUGUCUGACAGUUUUGUAAGCUUCAAGUCAGCUAUUGCACGUUAUAAACGUGAAAGAGAGCCAUUGUGAACCACCCUGGCUGCUGCUGCAUAUCUGCUGUUGGCUUCUGCUGCCACCUCUAGAAGAACGAGACAGACAGGAAGCCUACCAGUAGCUUCCAGCCCUCUGGAAGUGUUUACACACCUACUGUGUGCAAGGAAAGGAGGAUGUGGCAGAGAAAGCUUCAAGGGAUUGGAUUGCUCAGAAAGGAAGGAGGCAAAGCAUGUGUACUGUGGAAUGCAAGUGCUGUGGAGAAAGCCAAGGGUGUGGAACAGGAAAGCCAUUUUAAUAAAAGGAGAACUUCCUCAGCUAAGGAGGCCGCACAUUCUCAGCAGCAAGCAUGGCAUCUGCCAAGGCCCAGAGGCUGGAGAGGGAGGUAUAGCAAGGACAGUGAGGAAAGAACAGUAGGCAAGCAGAAAGGUGACACCCACAGACUUAGCUUUGUGUGGGGCCACAGGGCCUCCUCAUGGGUUUUGGACAGAAGACGGAGAUCUGGCUGUGUUUAAUGAGGAGAUGGAUGAGAGGAGGGGUAAAAGCAGAGGCUGGUACUAGCUUGGCUGAGUGGCCAGCCCAUUAUGCUAGAGGUUGGAGAAGAAACCACAUUCUGAGUAUAUCAAGUUAUUUUUGUAAUUCAAUUUUUUUAAGAUACCAAUCUACAUUACCAUGCAGAAUAUACUGUUUACUAUCUUGGGUUUUUACUUAACUACACAUCAUGUUUUCACUGUUCACACAUAGAUGAAUAAAUGCUUUUAAUUAUAUAAACUUC